AUGACGAUGAAGGCAACUACUACUACUGUCUCUCCACCUCCUCCUUUAUCUUCAUCUUCUUCUUCUUCUUCGCUGGUGCUAUCCCCUCUCUUCUUACUAUCGUUCAUCCUUUCCAUGGCGGUGCUUUACUGCACCACCGGCUUCACCUACUUCUCUAGCAUCUAUUAUUUCAAUGCCUUCUCUGAUCAUCAUGUCCCCAAAGUGGAAAGAAAGGUGGCCUUUGCAAUGGGAGAAGCAGAUGAAGGGUGCGUGGACUUGUUCGAGGGGAAGUGGGUGAGGGACGAUGGGGGGCCGCCGUACGAGGAAGGGAGCUGCCCCUACCUUGACCAACAGACCACCUGUCUCCGCCAUGGCCGUCCCGACAAGGAAUACCGUUACUGGAGAUGGUCCAGCUCCACCUGCUCCAUUCCCAGUUUUAACUCGACGUUAAUGCUGGAAGCCCUUCGAGGAAAAAGAAUGAUGUUCGUGGGGGAUUCUCUAAAUCGUGGCCAGUUCAUAUCCAUGAUUUGUCUUCUUCAACGAGCCAUCCCUCCACAUGCUCAUUCCAUCGAGGUCUUUCAUUCACUCACAGUUUUUACAGCCAAGGAGUACAAUGCGAGGGUCGAGUUCUACUGGGCGCCAUUCCUGUUUGAGUCGAACGCGGACGAUCCAAUUCACCACCAUGUGGUCGAUAGAAUAAUUCGAAACGGUUCUAUGGAGAAGCAUGGAGGUCACUGGAAAGGAGCUCAUAUACUUGUAUUCAAUACGUACAUUUGGUGGGUUUCUGGAUUGAAACUAUUAGUGAGAGGAUCUUUGAACGACAAAGUAAAAAAUGUGGUGCCCCUCGAAAGGGAUGAAGGCUAUCGCAUGGCUAUCAAAGAAUUGGUUGAGUGGAUAGACAGGAACAUUGAUGCCAAGACCAAAAGGGUGUUUUUCAUAUCCAUGUCACCUACUCAUCAAUGGAGCUAUAAAUGGGGAGGUGAUCCAGAGGGAAACUGCUACAAGCAGACAAGGAUGAUAGAAAACUCGACAUACUUCGCAGCGGAGAAGAGCUUGAUGGACAUAACGGUAGAAGAGAUAAGCAGGUCACGUGCAGUUCCCGUGACGUUGCUUAAUAUUACACAUUUGUCCAGCGUUAGAAAGGAUGCGCACGUGUCGAUAUACAAGAAGCAAUCCCGGCCGUUGAUUGCGGACGAGCUGGCCAAGCCGGAGACCUAUGCGGAUUGCAUACAUUGGUGCUUGCCUGGCCUUCCCGACAUUUGGAAUCAACUCUUGUUUGCCAAGCUUUUCUAUCCUUAA